CGACCCACUGUCAUUCGAUAAUCGGAUGUCAGGCACAAACACAAAACAGUGUUAUCGAAAUAGAAAUUGAAUUCAGUAGCGAAGGAAAGUCCGCCUUUUUCGCGAGACAUUGCCAGCUCGUGGUGCGCUUUAAUCCCGUCGACAAUUUGCACAAAUGUGGCGUACAGGCGGUGUGCUCCUCCACCCCAACUCGUAGCGUUCAGCUACGAAAGUGCGUGAGCAAAUUUCCGUUAAACCGUGCUUCUCACAAGCGGUUGCAUUCAACGAAAUUGCAACGCAAUUGCGAUUCGUGUAUUUAUAGUCUGGGCGCACGAGUUGAAUUGAUCGACGAUGGACGGGGCAAGUUCAACUGACGGUGGCGACGGCGAUUCGGCCGCAAAGGAGGCAGCUAAGAAUUUUCUGGUGCCAGAUCUUCCAGAUGAAGAACACCUACAUGCCGACAAUGCUAAACGCAGUCGAAUGAAUGAGGAUGCUCAAGAUGUUCAACUGGAUGAGAUUGGCAUUGCCAUUGACAGUGAGGAGAAUGAAUCCAAGCCUCGAGAGGAAUGUAAUAGUAGUGUUUGCGAGGCAAGCACAAGUUCUGGUAACAAUUUGAUGACUAACAGUGUUGCAGAAGAAAAAACAUCAGAAGGAAUUCUCUUUACUGAAGAUGAAACCAACAGCCAGCAUGUCCCUAUGUCCAGGGAUCUUAUCAACAGUGAUGCUGAUGCUGAUACACAUUCAUCUGCAGAUUCUUCAGCAUCCGAGAUGAAUGAACUCGAAGAAGUGUUACUAACAGCCGCGAGAGCAAUGCAUUCGUCCAAUUUAAAUGAAAACGACGACGCUGAUGGUUAUUUUGAUAGUGCGAUGCGCGGCAUAGAUCGCCUUACCGACUCAGAUACCGACGAGGAGGAGGACAACAAACCCGCCGUGCUCUUGAAGGCGAAGCCUAAACACAACUGGUUUAUCAUACCCGAGAUACAAAGCCGGCAGUUCGGCACUAGUGCCAACCGACAAUCAUCGGCGCAAUUUCAACAGAGGUGCUAUGGCUCCUUGCAUUGCGUAGAGCGAUUGGAAUUGAUGUACAAAUUGGACAAGCACACGGGCUGCGUCAAUUCUAUUAAUUUUCAUCCGAAUGGAACAUUGCUGGCUAGCGGCUCGGAUGAUUUAGAGAUUGUUAUUUGGGAUUGGAAAAUGGGCAAUCCUUUGAUGUCGUAUGAGUCCAAACAUCGCAGCAAUGUGUUUCAGAGCAAGUUUAUGCCAUUGAGCGGGGAUGAUUUACAUAUUGUUUCCUGUGCUAGAGAUGGACAAGUACGUUUAGCGCAAAUAUCCGCUAAAGAAGGUUUCCGCAGCACACGUAAACUGGGUUCGCAUCGGGGUCCUAGUCAUAAAUUAACUGUUUUAUACGAUCAACCACAAGUCGUCAUCUCUGCCGGCGAAGAUGGGCUCGUUCUUAAGCAUGAUCUUCGAUGCACCAAAUCAGAUAAGGUAUUAACCGUACAUCGCGAUGACAUGGACGUUGUAGCUUUGUACAGUAUAAGCAGCAAUCCACUCAACAGCAACGAAUUCUGUGUAGCUGGUAGGGACUAUCAAACGAGGACAUUCGAUCUACGAAAAGCAAACAAGGAAUUAGCUUUUUAUCAUCCAUUCGAUAAAGUUGGUGAUAUCCAAAAGCACCUCCAUGUUACGUGCGCGGUUUAUAAUCACAACGGUUCCGAAGUGUUGGCUUCGUACAACGACGAAGAUAUUUAUUUAUUCGAUACAAAGGCAAAGGAAGGCGACUAUGUGCACUUCUAUCAAGGACAUCGCAAUCGCGCGACCAUUAAAGGCGUCAACUUUUUUGGUCCUAAGUCGGAGUUUAUAAUCAGCGGCUCCGACUGCGGAUAUGUUUACUUUUGGGAGAAGAGUUCCGAGGCCAUUGUGCAAUUUCUACGCGCUGAUGAUAAUGGUGUUGUAAAUUGCUUGGAGCCACACCCUCAACUGCCCUUCCUAUGUACAAGCGGUCUUGAUCGAGAUAUUAAAGUAUGGGUGCCUUCCUACGAAGAGGAUCCGAAGAUGACUGACCUUGUUGAUACAGUAAAACAAAACCUAAAGGAGCGCUCGCAUUGGUCAUCGGCAUCUUCAUCCGAGGUGGAGAACGCGAGGAUUCUCUGGAUGCUCUGGAGGCAGUUUAACACUACCGAACUUUUACAGAGAAUCGUGUCGACCGCCGACGACGACCUCAGCAAUCACUCGAGUUCGAGUGACUCGAAUUCAUCGUCCAGCGAUUUCACUUCCUCGGCGUCCGAGCACGACUCCGAAAAUUACGAUGGCCCUGGCGGCUGUUCCCCAUCGUAGAUGAGUUGUGAUAUAUAAACAUUGUGUGCGUUACCACAAGUCGUACUUGUUUAAAACAAGAUUGAGGCGCACAUCUGGAUCGGGUUAUGUUUGUGGUGUGACUUGUGGAUGAUGCCAAUGGAUUGUUUCUAAAUAUAUAAAAUAUAUAUUUUCGCUAA